AUGGAUAAUCUGAUAGGUCUCGUGAAUCGGCUUCAGCAGGCGUGCACGGUAUUAGGAGACUAUGGCGUGUCGAGCGCUGAAGACGCGCUGCCGACGCUCUGGGAGCAGCUUCCGUCGGUGGCUGUGGUGGGAGGUCAGAGUUCGGGAAAAUCGUCGGUGCUAGAGAGCAUUGUGGGAAAGGAUUUCCUUCCUCGAGGAUCAGGCAUUGUCACCCGGCGGCCAUUGGUGCUGCAGCUGCACAAGGUGGACUCAUCAUCUGAAUACGCGGAGUUCCUGCACCAGCCGGGCAAGAAGUACACCGACUGGGCUGCUGUAAGAAAGGAGGUUGCAGAUGAAACGGAUCGAAUCACUGGGAAGACCAAGAUGAUCUCUCCUGUCCCCAUCCACCUCAGCAUCUACUCUCCCAAUGUGGUGAAUCUGACCCUGGUGGAUCUGCCCGGACUCACAAAGAUUGCCGUGGAGGGCCAGUCGGAGAGCAUUGUGAGGGACAUUGAGGACAUGGUUCGGCAGUACGUGGAGAAGCCCAACUGUAUCAUCCUGGCUGUAUCUCCCGCCAAUCAAGACAUUGCCACCUCCGAUGCCAUGCGCAUGGCCAGAGAGGUCGACCCUGAGGGCGAGAGGACAUGGGGUGUGCUGACCAAGCUCGACCUCAUGGACAAGGGCACCAACGCUCUUGAUGUGCUAGAGGGGCGCUCGUACAAGCUCAAGUAUCCGUGGGUGGGCGUGGUGAACCGUUCUCAGGCCGAUAUCAACCGCAACGUGGACAUGCUGGCGUCCCGCCGCAAGGAGAGGGAGUACUUCCAAACCUCUGCCGAUUACUCACAUCUCGCCAACCGCAUGGGCACUGAGUACCUCGCAAAGAUGCUCUCUAAGCAUCUGGAGCAAGUGAUUCGCUCCAAGAUUCCGGGCAUCCAGUCGCUCAUCAACAACAACAUCGACGACCUUGAGAAGGAGAUGAACGCGCUGGGCCGGCCCAUUGGGGGCGAAGCCGGGGCCCAGCUGUACACGGUGCUGGAGAUGUGUCGAGCGUUUGACAAGAUAUUCAAGGAGCACCUGGACGGCGGUCGGCCAGGAGGCGACCGAAUCAAUGCGGUGUUUGAGACGAAGCUGCCAGCAGCACUCAACAAGCUUCCCUUUGACAAGCACCUCUCCAUCCAGAAUGUGAGGAGGAUUGUGGCGGAGGCAGACGGGUACCAGCCGCAUCUGAUCGCUCCCGAGGGCGGUUACCGGCGCUUAAUCGAGAGCGCGCUGCUCAUGUUCAAGGGGCCGGCCGAAGCAGUGGUGGACGAGGUGCAUUUCAUUCUCAGAGACCUCGUUCGCAUCUCCGUAGGGGAAACCACCGAGCUGCUCCGGUUUCCCUCGCUCCAGGCUGAGCUGUCAGCUGCUGCCACCCAGUCGCUGGAAAGUUUUCGGGAGAACAGCCGGAAGCUGACCGUGCGAUUGGUGGAGAUGGAGACGAGUUACCUGACCGUGGAGUUUUUCCGGCGGCUGCCUGGGCUGGAGAAUCUGGAGGAUGGGCCGGAUAUGAAGGAUGGGAAGGAUGGGAAGAAGGGGAGUGGGAGUGGCAUUAGUAGCAAGAUCAAGGCGCUGAAGGGCAGUGGGGACAGGCUGCCUACAGGGGCCGAUCGAUACCAGGAAAUGCAUUUCAGGAGAAUUGGCUCCAACGUGUCAACUUAUGUGGGCAUGGUCAUGGAGUGCUUGCAGAACGCCAUCCCCAAAGCUGUGGUGCAUUGCCAGGUCCGGGAGGCAAAGCGGCGGCUGCUGGACAGGUUCUAUGCGAUGGUGGGCAGGGAGGACGGAAAGGCAUUGGCGAAGCUGCUAGAUGAGGAUCCGGACGUGAUGGCUCGGAGGCAGGCCGCAUGGAAGAGACUGGAGCUGCUGCGCAAGGCACGGAAUGAGAUUGACAGUGUUGGAUGGGCCCGAGUGUGA